ACACAACAGAUUCAUAUUGUGUCCAGUGACUUGGGAGGGCAUCAGCUGUUGAGCAAACCUGCCCUGCUCCUUGGAAGGAGCUUGGUAUAGGGUGUCAUGGGUAAAAAGAAGAGUAAGAGGAAGCCUCCUCCAAAACGCAAGAAUAUUGAACCCUUGGAGACACAGUUUAAUUGCCCAUUUUGCAACCAUGAGAAGUCAUGUGAUGUGAAAAUGGACAAGGCAAGGAACACUGGUCGAAUUACAUGUCGUGUGUGCAUGGAGGACUUCCAAACCACAAUCAACUUCCUGUCAGAGGCUAUUGAUGUGUACAAUGAUUGGAUUGAUGCUUGUGAACAAGCCAAUUGAAUGUGGCAUCUUUUUGAGGAACUGUGUUUGUGAAUAUAAGAAACAUAAACUAUUUUGAUCCAGAUAACUUUCAAGUCUUUUUACAUUUAAGUGUCAAUAAAUUGAAGUUCACAUGUA